GCUACUGCUACUCAAUUGAGUACUGUAUAUGUAUGUCAUGUUUGAUGCUUUGAAGUUGAAAACCCAAUCCAAAAGAAUUGUUUUGGGUUUUUUUUUCCUCCUUUUUUCCUUCUUAUCUUGUCCACUUUUUAGAUACAAAAUACUGUAAUAUUUCCUGACCUGCAGAGGAAGAAAACAAGUCUAUCAGUCAAGUCUCCCAAAUUACAUUCUCUUUGUGUUUUAGAAUGUCAGCAGUUUAGCGCACACUCAUUUACUCAACAUCCCAUUCAACAAACAAACGCAAAGUUUGGUACUUUUACUUUUCUCCAUAUCAGCAACAUGUCCUCCAAGCCAAAAACUAGUUUGUCUGAAACUCCAAAGAGAACAUCACUAGCAACUCCAAGAGUCAGUAGAAUAAGUAGGGGAGCAAGUGCUAAAUCGGAACCUGAUUCACAGUCUCCCCUGCAAAAUCCACGUCUUUCUGUUGAUCGGUCCCCAAAAACUGUUACUUUGAAUUCAACGGUUGAUCAUCGAAGACCAAAGGUUUCCACCCCACCUGAGAAACCUCAGACACGGGUUGUGAAGGGAUCGGAGUUACAAGCUCAAUUGAAUCUUGUUCAGGAAGAUCUGAAGAAAGCAAAAGAACAGAUAACAUUGAUUGAAAAGGAGAAAGCACAAGCUAUUGAUGAUCUGAAAGAAGCUCAGAGACUGGCCCAAAAGGCCAAUGAGAAGCUUCAGGAGGCAUUGGUGGCUCAAAAGCGAGCCGAGGAAGAUUCAGAGCUUGAGAAGUUUCGGGCUCUUGAGUUGGAACAAGCUGGGAUUGAUGCAGCCCAAAAGAAGGAAGAGGAAUGGCAGAAAGAGGUAGAAGCCGUUAGGAGCCAACAUGCAUUGGAUGUCGCUGCCCUUCUUUCCACCACUGAGGAGGUCCAAAGGGUGAAGCAAGAAUUGGCCGUGUCUUGUGAUGCAAAAAACCAGGCACUCAGCCAUGCAGAUGAUGCCACUAAGAUUGCCGAGAUUCAUGCUGAUAAGGUGGAGAUUCUCUCAGGUGAAUUGACUCGGUUGAGGGCCUUGCUUGACUCAAAGAUUGAAAUUGAGUCUAGUGAAAGCAACAAAAUGAUCUUGAAACUCAAGGAGGAGAUAGAUUUUUUAAAACAAGAACUUGAAAAAGCGAAAGGUUUUGAGGGGAAGUUGGUAGCAAAGGAGGCUUCCAUUGAACACCUUAAUCUUGAGCUAGAAGCUGCUAAGAUGGCUGAAUCAUAUGCACGGAAUUUCGCAAAGGAGUUGAAAAACAAGGUUGAGGAAUUAGAGAGCCAUCUUGAAAAGGCAAAUAAGUUAGAACGGUCUGCGUCAGAAUCUUUGGAGUCGGUCAUGAAACAACUAGAAGGAAAGAAUGACUUAUUGCACGAUGCAGAAUCUGAAAUUGCCGCUCUAAAAGAGAACGUAGGGUUGUUGGAAAUGACAAUUGGAAGACAGAAAGGGGAUCUUAAUGAAUCAGAGCAUAAUCUUGAUAAGGCAAAGGUUGAAACUUCUGAAAUGGCAAAGAAGGUGGAGUCUCUAAAAUCUGAGCUGGAAACAGUUAAGGAGGAGAAAGUCCAGGCUUUGAACAAUGAAAAACUUGCAGCUUCUAGUGUUCAAACCCUCUUAGAAGAAAAACAUAAACUCAUAAAUGAGUUGGAAAAUUCCAGAGAUGAAGAGGAGAAGAGUAAGAAGGCUUUGGAGAGCUUGGCAUCAGCCUUACAUGAAGUCUCAGCAGAGGCAAGAGAAGCCAAAGAAAAACUUUUGUCUAGUCAAGUUGAGCAUGAAAAUUAUGAGACCCAAAUAGAAGAUCUAAAGUUGGUAACUAAAGCAACAAAGGAGAAAUAUGAAAGCAUGAUUGACAAUGCUAAACACGAGAUUGAUGUGCUCACGAAAACUACUGAACAAGCAAGGAAUGAAUUCAAGAACUCCAAGACUGAGUGGGAGCAAAAAGAGCUUCAUUUGGUGACUUCUUUAAAGAAAUCUGAAGAAGAAAGCUCGUCCCUGGGAAAAGAAGUUGAUAGGCUGGUAAAUUUGCUCAAACAAACUGAGGAAGAAACUUGCGCCUCUAAGGAGGCAGAGGCUCAGCUGAAGGAUAGCCUUAAAGAAGUUGAAUCUGAGGUAAUUUGUUUACAGGAAGCUCUAUCACAAGCAAAGGCUGAAAACAUGAAACUUAUAGCAAACUUGUUGGACAAAGAAAUUGAGUUGCAGGGUGUUAUCCAAGAAAAUGAUGAUGUCCGAAAUAGGGAAGCUGUUUCACUGGAGAAGGUUGAGGUGUUGUCUAAAUUGCUCGAGGCAGCUACGGCCAAAAAGGAAACCGAGGAGAAUGGUGAGCUUACAGACAGCGAGAAAGACUAUGAUUUACUUCCAAAGGUGGUUGAAUUCUCUGAAGAAAAUGGGAAUGCUAGAGAAGAGAAGCCAAAAGUUGACCUUCGUUCACAGCAACAUGAGGAAACCCAAAAAGAUGCUGCAACUGUAGAGAUCAAUGGUGUGCACAAUGAGGGGGUUCAAAGUGAAGCUGUCAGAGUUGAGAAUGUGAAUGGAAAGCCAAAGGAAGACAAAAGCAAAGAAAAAGAAGAAGAUACAGUUGAAAUUGAAUUUAAGAUGUGGGAGAGCUGCAAGAUCGAAAAGAAAGAAUUUUCACCUGAAAGAGAACUGGAGCAGGAAUCCUUCGAGGAGGAAGUAGACUCAAAGGUUGAUGGUGGGGAAAACUUCGAUCAUCUAAACGGGUUAUCUUCUGCAGAAACUGUUGAUGAUGGUGGAAGGUCACCGACGAAGCAGCAACAGAUGAAGAAGAAGAAGCCUUUGUUUCGUAAGUUUGGAGGCUUACUUAAGAAAAAAGGAACUAGCAACCAAAAGUAGAGGAAAAAGGGCAGUUGUGGAUUGAGGUAUGCUUGACUGGCAUGCAACUACAUGAUACUACAUUACAUUGCAUUCAAAUGUGUUUGCUUUAUUGUUUUUACGUGGUCUUAUUAUAGCUUCAAACGAAUAGGCGUGUGUUGAAUUAAGUUUUCGUCACCGCCUUUGGAUGUGAUUACAGAUUUUUACGCAGUGUCUUGUAUUGUAUGUGAUGGAGUUUCUUUAACAUACCUUAUUCUUCUUCAUUUCUCUGUGUAAAUUGCAUUUAGUGAGCUACAUACCUUUUCAUUUUUUAAAAAUUCAUUGCUGUGGCAACCAGAUGUAAAAUUUCUUCUGCGGAGUUUGGUUCAAAAAUUAGUUUUGGGCAGUUGAGUUCUUGUGCUCGAGCGCACUUUUAA